UGAAAUGCAACCAAGUAAUAUAUAUACAUAUAAGAUUAAAACCAUUCGGAGGAAUCUCUCAAAGCAUUAUUGAUUGAAUAAUCGCCCUCCCACUUUCUAUAUUUCCUCUCUUGUUUGUUUGUUUUUUUUUUUUUUUUUUAUAUAUAUUCUCAUCUUUCUUUGCAACCUCCCACUCUACUCACAAACUCUAAAAAGUUUCUCCUCCUUUUUUGUUCUCUGAACCUGAAAGACACUCUCUUUUAAUUCUCAAAUUCUCUUCUCUAUCUUUGUUAGAGAAACUCAAGAAUUAUGAAGAUGGGUUUCUUCUCAGGGCUUCAAGUUUUGUUAAUUUUAGGUCUUUUGGCCACCUCUUGCAUGGCUCAAGCACCAGCUCCUACACCCACAACACAACCACCACCACCGCCGGCUUCGACUCCAGCACCAGUUCCUUCACCAAAGGCUCCGACUCCAGCUCCAACUCCAUCUCCGACUCCGACUCCUCCGUCGCCCGCUCCUACUCCAUCUUCUCCUCCUCCUUCUUCUCCAACUCCUGCUAGCCCACCAGCGACCCCCCCCGGCUCUCCAUCUCCGGGCGCUUCACCACCAGCGCCCCCAUCCGGCUCUACCGGUCCUUCCUCCGAGCCACCAGCCUCUACUGAGCCACCAAGUGGAAAUGGUGCUUACGCUCCUACCCGAGCUGCUAUUGCUGCCACCGCUCUUGCCGCAACUUUCUUUGGGGUUGUGUUGGCAUAGAGUGGAGAUUUAUCCAUGAAAAUCAAAAAGAGACUCAUCGGACGGCUUUUAGUUCUUUGAUUUUUUGAUGGACGGAUGAGAUCUGUUAUUUCUUGUUUACUUUUAUUUUUAAUUUACUAGCGCUUUUUCUUUUUUCUUUUUUAAUUUUUGGGAUAUUUAUUUUUAAUUUAUUUUUACAUCUUUUGUUUUAUUGUGAUUGUUGAUGACGAUUUCAUAUCAUUGGGUUUGAGUCUGGUGGUGGGGUAUUUGGGAUGGUGAUUCAUUGUUUGGCUUUCAACACGUGUAUCCAUUUGUAGAUUGAGUCCGUUUGUACAUCAUUUAAUAAUAGUUUAAUAAAACAGUUUGUCAUUCUUUUUA